AACAAGCAGACAAAAUUGUCAGUGUGGUGCAGUGGCCAAAGAGCUGUGAUUGUUGCUAUACCCCUCUCUUUCUCCCUCUCUUCCUACUCUCUCUCUCUCGCAUAUAUAUGUAAAGCACUGAAGCCCUAGUUCCCCAAUCUCAAAACCCAUCUCUCUCUAUAUAUAUAUCACACAGAGCUUGCUAUCUUCUAUGUGAAAAUGGCGGUGUUGAUCUCAUUUUUGCUUGCUUUCUGCUUCUUAUUCGGUGGUUCUGCUUUAGCAGCUCUUCCUUUGGACGGCCUCCUCCCAAAUGGCAACUUUGAAGAGCAACCAAAACCAACUGGCAUCAAGAAAACAGUACUCCAAGGAAAAUACGCCCUACCCAAAUGGGAAAUCAAUGGCUUCGUCGAGUACAUCUCCGGCGGGCCACAGCCCGGUGGAAUGUACUUCGCAGUUGCCCACGGUGUCCACGCCGUUAGGCUCGGAAACGAGGCCUCCAUCUCUCAGACAAUUCAAGUGAAACCAGGCUCUCUCUAUGCACUCACAUUUGGGGCAUCGAGAACAUGUGCACAAGAAGAGGUGUUGAGAGUCUCAGUACCUCCUCAAACAGGGGACCUUCCUCUGCAGACACUCUAUAGCAGUGAUGGAGGUGACACUUAUGCUUAUGGUUUUAAAGCCACUUCCAAAUUUGUUAAGGUGAUCUUCCACAAUCCCGGGGUUCAAGAGGAUCCUAGUUGUGGCCCACUAUUGGAUGCAGUUGCCAUCAAAGAGCUCUAUCCCCCAAUGCCAACAAGAGACAACUUGGUGAAGAAUAGUGGUUUUGAGGAGGGUCCCCAUAGGUUGUUGAACUCUUCCAAUGGUGUUCUUCUUCCUCCCAAACAGGAGGAUCUCACAUCCCCACUCCCCGGGUGGAUGAUUGAAUCCCUUAAAGCUGUUAAGUUCAUUGAUAAGAAGCACUUCAAUGUCCCCUAUGGCCUUGCUGCAGUUGAAUUGGUUGCAGGGAGAGAGAGUGCCAUUGCCCAGAUUAUCCGAACGGUUCCCAACAAGCUUUACAAUCUCACAUUCACAGUAGGAGAUGCAAAGAACGGUUGCCACGGGUCCAUGAUGGUUGAAGCAUUCGCCGCCAAAGACACCCUGAAAGUACCCUUCAAAUCUGAAGGCAAGGGCAGGUUCAAGACUGCUAGUUUCAAGUUCAAAGCAACUGCAGCCCGGACCAGACUAACAUUCUUCAGCUCAUACUACCACACUAGGGUUGAUGACUUUGGUUCGCUUUGUGGUCCUAUUCUCGAUCAAGUUAGGGUUUUCCCAGUUGCUUAGAAAAGUUAGUCAUAACCAAACUACAAAACUACAUAUGGAUCAUGUGUAAUAUUAUAAUUGAUGCUUUUGCAAUAGUCAUUUGAUCUCUCUAUUGUAAAUUGGCCACAUAUGAGGGCCUGAGGCACAUUUCCUACCUAUGAUUGCUUAAACUUUUA